AGCACUCCGCGGGAGUUUCCAUGGCGACCGAAGCCGGGACCGCGCGGCCUGGCAGCGUUGCCAUGGAGACAACUCCGGAGCUGGGGCUCCAGAGCUUCUGUGCACCGCCGGCUCAGAACCUGGCGGAGCCUCUUUGCGAGGCCCGUGCCGCAGCGCGCUGGGACCUGCGAAAAUACUCCUUGCUCAUCGUGAUCGGCGAUAUUGGUACAGAGAGUCAGCUGAGGGCCGUGCGGGCCCACCUUGAACAAGGGAUUCUCUCCUGGAAUAUUGACUUAUCAUCCUUUGACUUGAACCAACAGUUGAGACUCUUCAUUACCCGGCACCUAGCUCACUUCUCCUCAGAGGUCAAAGGCCAGAGGACCCUCUGCCACCAGAGUGAAAUCCUCGAGACCAUCAUCCUAGUCAACCCCACCGCAGACAGCAUCAGCUCAGAGGUUCACCAUCUUCUUAGUAGCCCAUCAGCUCACAAACUCCUGAUCUUGAGUGGACAAACUUUAGAACCUGAGGGAGACCUUAUCCUACAGAGUGGUACCUACUCAUAUCAAAGCUUCGCCCAGGUCCUUCACAAACCUGAGAUUGCCCAGUUGCUUAGCAAUAGAGACCCUGGGAUCCAGGCCUUCCUCACUGUUUCCUGCUUAGGGGAGGGUGACUGGAGCCACCUGGGACUGUCUAGUUCCCAAGAGACCCUGCACCUCCGGCUAAAUCCUGAGCCCGUGCUACCCACCAUGGAUGGUGUGGCCGAGUUCUCCGAGUAUGUCUCCGAGACGGUGGAUGUGCCGUCCCCCUUUGACCUGCUUGAGCCCCCCACCUCAGGAGGCUUCCUCAAGCUCUCCAAGCCUUGCUGCUACAUCUUCCCUGGUGGCCGUGGGGACUCUGCCCUCUUUGCUGUCAAUGGCUUUAACAUCCUGGUGGACGGCGGUUCCGAUCGCAAGUCCUGCUUCUGGAAGCUGGUGCGGCACCUGGACCGCAUCGACUCGGUACUGCUCACUCACAUUGGGGCUGACAAUUUACCAGGCAUCAACGGGCUCCUGCAGCGCAAGGUGGCAGAGCUAGAGGAGGAGCAGUCCCAGGGCUCCAGCAGCUACAGCGACUGGGUGAAGAACCUCAUCUCCCCAGAGCUUGGAGUCGUGUUCUUCAAUGUGCCUGAUAAGCUCCGGCUGCCCGAUGCCUCCCGCAAGGCCAAGCGCAGCAUCGAGGAGGCCUGUCUCACUCUUCAACACCUGAACCGCCUAGGCAUCCAAGCCGAGCCUCUGUACCGUGUGGUCAGCAACACCAUCGAGCCGCUGACCCUCUUCCACAAAAUGGGUGUGGGGAGGCUGGACAUGUAUGUCCUCAAUCCUGUCAAGGACAGUAAGGAGAUGCAGUUCCUCAUGCAGAAGUGGGCAGGCAAUAGUAAAGCCAAGACAGGCAUCGUGCUGGCCAAUGGGAAGGAGGCAGAGAUCUCUGUCCCCUACCUGACCUCCAUCACUGCCCUGGUGGUAUGGCUCCCAGCCAACCCUACUGAGAAGAUUGUGCGUGUGCUUUUCCCGGGAAAUGCUCCCCAGAACAAGAUCUUGGAGGGGCUGGAAAAGCUUCGGCACCUGGACUUCCUGCGCUAUCCUGUGGCAACACAGAAGGACCUGGCUGCUGGGGCCGUGCCUGCCAACUUGAAACCCAGCAAAAUCAAACAUCGGGCUGACAGCAAGGAGAGCCUCAAAGCUGCUCCCAAGACAGCAGUGAGCAAGCUGGCCAAACGGGAGGAGGUGUUAGAAGAGGGAGCCAAGGAGGCCCGCUCAGAGCUGGCCAAGGAGUUAGCCAAGUCAGAAAAGAAAGCAAAAGAACCGUCCGAGAAGCCCCCAGAAAAACCCUCCAAGCCAGAGAGGGUGAGGACAGAGUCCAGCGAAGCACUCAAGGCCGAGAAGCGGAAGCUGAUCAAAGAUAAAGUGGGCAAGAAACACCUGAAAGAAAAGAUUUCAAAGCUGGAGGAGAAGAGGGACAAGGAGAAAAAGGAGAUCAAGAAGGAAAGGAAGGAACUCAAGAAGGAGGAAGGAAGGAAGGAAGAGAAAAAGGAUGCCAAGAAGGACGAAAAGAGGAAAGAUACCAAACCGGAGGUAAAGAAAUUCUCUAAACCAGACCUGAAGCCUUUUACCCCCGAGGUCCGUAAGACCCUCUACAAAGCCAAGGCCCCUGGAAGGAUCAAGGUGGACAAAGGCCGAGCUACCCGUGGGGAAAAAGAGUUGUCUUCUGAGCCCCGGACACCCCCAGCCCAGAAGGGGGCCGCACCACCUCCUGCUGUCAGUGGGCACAGAGAGUUGGCCUUGUCCUCACCAGAGGACCUCACACAGGACUUUGAGGAGUUGAAGCGUGAGGAGAGAGGUUUGUUGGCUGAACAAAGGGACAUGGAACUGGGUGAGAAACCACUCCCUGCAGAUGCCACAGAGCAGGGACGCCCAAGCACAGCCAUCCAGGUGACCCAACCUUCUGCUUCAGUGCUGAAGCAAGAACAGGUGGAACGGGGGAAAGAGGUUGUCCCAGACUUUCCCGAGGAUAAAGGGGGCAAGAACAGAGCCCCAGACUCAGGUGCUGAGGUAGAGAAAGAGAAAGAAACCUGGGAGGAAAGGAAGCCGAGAGAAGCAGAGCUGACCCCAGAGAACAUUGCUGUGGCCAGGGAGGAGAGUGAACCCGAGGUCAAGGAAGAUGUGAUAGAAAAGGCUGAAUUAGAGGAAAUGGAGGAGGCUCAUCCCUCAGAUGAGGAAGAGGAGGAGACAAAGGCUGAGAGUUUUUAUCAAAAACAUAUGCAGGAAGGCUUAAAGGUAAUCCCCCAAAGCAGAGAGGCUCUAGGUGGCCGGGAACUGGGAUUCCAGGGCAAGGCGCCUGAGAAGGAGGCGGCAUCCUUCCUGAGCAGCUUGGCCACGCCUGCGGGAGCCGCUGAGCAUGUCUCCUACAUUCAGGAUGAGACGAUCCCAGGCUACUCAGAGACUGAGCAGACUAUUUCAGACGAAGAGAUCCACGAUGAGCCGGACGAACGCCCAGCCCCACCCAGGUUCCCCACGAGUACCUAUGACCUCUCUGGGCCUGAAGGUCCUGGUCCCUUUGAAGCCAGCCAGUCUGCAGAGAGUGCUGUUCCAGCCACCUCGAGCAAAACUUAUGGGGCACCUGAGACUGAACUCACCUACCCUCCCAACAUGGUCGCUGCCCCUCUGGCUGAAGAGGAACAUGUGUCCUCAGCCACAUCAAUCACAGAGUGUGACAAACUCUCUUCCUUUGCCACAUCAGUGGCUGAGGACCAAUCUGUGGCUUCACUCACAGCUCCCCAGACGGAGGAGACAGGCAAGAGCUCCCUGUUGCUCGACACUGUCACAAGUAUUCCCUCUUCCCGCACUGAAGCCACUCAGGGCUUGGACUAUGUGCCGUCAGCAGGCACCAUCUCACCCACCUCUUCCCUGGAAGAAGACAAGGGCUUCAAGUCACCGCCCUGUGAGGAUUUCUCUGUGACCGGGGAGUCAGAGAAGAAAGGAGAGUCUGUGGGGAGAGGUUUGACCGGGGAGAAGGCUGUAGGAAAGGAAGAAAAGAAUGUAACAGCGUCCGAGAAACUGUCCAGUCAGUAUGCUGCCGUGUUUGGUGCCCCUGGACAUGCCUUACAUCCGGGGGAACCAGCCCUCGGAGAAGUGGAGGAACGGUGCCUCAGCCCAGAUGACAGCACCGUGAAGAUGGCAUCUCCUCCACCAUCUGGCCCACCCAGUGCUGCCCACACGCCCUUUCAUCAGUCCCCCGUGGAAGAAAAGUCUGAGCCUCAAAACUUCCAAGAAGAUUCCUGGGGAGACACAAAGCAGACGCCUGGGGUGAGCAAGGAAGAUGCUGAAGAGCAGACAGUUAAGCCAGGGCCUGAGGAGGCCAUGUCAGAAGAGGGGAACGUACCUCUUUCCAGGAGCCCCCAAGCCCAGGACACACCUGUGAGCCUUGUUGGGGAUCAGACUGGCUGUACUAUUCAACUGUUACCAGAACAAGACAAAGCAGUGGUGUUUGAGACAGGAGAGGCAGGUUCAGUUUCAGGAGCAGGAACCCUCCCUAGAGAAGUGAGGACACCACUUCAAGAACCCGCUGAACCUCAGAGAGAUGAGGUACUUGGGUUUACUGAUCAAAGCUUUUCCCCUGACGAUGCAGAGUCCCUGUCUGUCCUCAGUGUGGUCUCCCCAGACACUGCCAAACAAGAGGCCACCCCCAGGUCUCCCUGUACCCCAAAAGAGCAGCAGCUACACAAAGACCUUUGGCCAAUGGUGUCCCCAGAAGACACCCAGUCACUUUCUUUCUCGGAAGAGAGCCCUAGCAAGGAGACCUCUCUGGAUAUCUCUUCUAAGCAGCUCUCUCCAGAAAGCCUUGGCACCCUCCAGUUUGGAGAACUAAGCCUAGGAAAGGAAGAAAGGGGGCCUCUGGUGAAGGCGGAAGACAACUCUUGCCACCUAGCUCCUGGGUCUAUUCCAGAGCCCCACACAGCCACAGUGUCACCUCCCACAGAUGAGGCUGCUGGAGAGGCAGGUCUCACACAUGAAAGCCCUGCUGGAGAUUUACCUGGCAGCUCUUUCUCUCACUCUGCACUGUCAGGCGACAGGAAACACUCCCCUGGGGAGAUCACGGGCCCUGGUGGACACUUUAUGACAUCUGAUAGCUCCCUCACCAAGAGUCCCGAGUCUUUGUCAAGUCCCGCCAUGGAGGACCUUGCCAUGGAGUGGGGGGGUAAAGCUCCAGGGUCGGAAGACAGAACCACUGAGCAGAAGGAGAAGGAAUGCGAGCUGACAAGUGAAACCCUACAGCAGAAGGACCAGAUUCUGUCAGAGAAGGCUGCUGUUGUCCAGCGGGACUCAGUCAUGCAUCAGAAGGACGAGGCUCUAGAUGAGGAGAAUAAGGCUGGAGCACAGCAGGAUAAGACUUCAGAACAGAAAGGCAGAGACUUGGACAAAAAAGACACGGUUGUAGAGCUGGGCAAGGGCCCAGAACCCAAAGGCAAAGACUUAGAUCGGGAGGACCAGGGCCCGGCAGAGAAGGACACGGCCUCAGAACAGACCCAGGCCACUGAACAAGCAAGAACCAGAGCACAAGACCACAGAGAUUUAGAACAAAAGGACGAGCACUUAGGGCUGAGAGAUGAGACUCCCGAAGAGAAAGAUAAAGUGUUAGUACUGGAAGACAGAGCUCCAGAACACAGAAGUGAGGCUGACAAAGAACAGAAGGAUGAAGCCUCAGAAGAGAAAGAACAGGUUCUAGAACAAAAAGACUCGGCCCGAGGAAAGGAGGGUGCUGCCUUGGACCAGGACAACAGGGCUGCUGAACAGAAAGAUGGGACCCCAAAAGAAGACAAAACUAAGGGGCAGAAGAGCUCUUUCCCGGAAGAUAAAAGCACAACACCAAAAGAGACGGCCCUUGGCCAAAAGUCUCCAGAAAAGGCCAAAGGUGUGGAGCAGCAGGAUGGAGCUGUCCUGGAGAAGACCAGAGCUUUGGGGCUGGAAGAGAGCCCAGCAGAGGAGGGCAAGGCUCCAGAGCAGGAAGAGAAGUACUGGAAGGAGCAGGAUGUGGUCCAGGGAUGGCGAGAAACAUCGCCAACCAGAGGAGAGCCAGUGGGAGGCCAGAAAGAGCCUGUUCCAGCCUGGGAGGGCAGGUCUCCUGAGCAAGAAGUCAGGUAUUGGAGGGACAGAGACAUAACCCUACAGCAGGAUGCGUACUGGAAGGAGCUAAGCUGCGAGAGGAAGGUCUGGUUCCCCCAUGAGCUAGAUGGCCAAGGAGCCUGUCCACGGUACUCUGAGGAACGUGAAAGUACGUUUCUUGAUGAGGGGCCAGAUGAACAAGAAAUAACCCCACAGCAGCACACUCCCCGCAGCCCCUGGGCCUCGGAUUUCAAGGAUUUCCAGGAGCCCCUGCCACAGAAGGGGCUGGAAGUAGAGCGCUGGCUUGCUGAGUCGCCAGUUGGCCUGCCACCAGAGGAGGAGGACAAACUGACUCGCUCUCCCUUUGAGAUCAUCUCCCCUCCAGCAUCCCCACCUGAGAUGACUGGACAGAGGGUUCCCUCAGCUCCAGGACAGGAAAGCCCUGUCCCAGACACUAAGUCCACACCACCCACAAGGAAUGAACCUACCACCCCAUCAUGGCUAGCUGAGAUCCCACCAUGGGUACCUAAGGACAGGCCCCUGCCUCCUGCACCCCUCUCUCCAGCUCCAGCUCCCCCGACACCGGCCCCAGACCCACAUGCUCCUGUGCCCUUCUCCUGGGGCAUCGCUGAAUAUGACAGUGUGGUGGCUGCGGUGCAGGAGGGGGCAGCUGAGUUGGAAGGUGGCCCAUACUCCCCCCUGGGGAAGGACUAUCGAAAAGCUGAAGGGGAAAGGGAAGGAGAGGGUGGGGCUGGAGCUCCUGAUAGCAGCUCCUUCAAUUCAAAGGUCCCAGAGGUUAUGGAGAGUCACACCACCAGGGAUAUUGAGCAGACUGAGCCAGAGCAGAGGGAGCCCACACCCUAUCCCGACGAGAGGAGCUUUCAGUAUGCAGACAUCUACGAACAGAUGAUGCUUACUGGGCUGGGCCCUGCUGGCCCCACCCGGGAGCCUCCACUGGGGGCAUCCGGAGACUGGCCCCCACACCUCUCAACCAAGGAGGAGGCUGCUGACCGCAAUAAGUCUGCAGAGAAGGAGCCUUCGUCCCCUGUGUCACCUCCAAACCUCCAAUUGGACACUCCAACAUUUAGCUAUGCAUCUCUGGCAGGACCCACUGUACCUCCCAGGCAAGAACCGGAUCCAGGGCCCAAUGUGGAGCCCAGCUUCACCCCUCCGGCAGUGCCCCCUCGUGCCCCUAUCUCCCUGAGCAAAGACCCGAGUCCCCCUCUUAAUGGAAGCACUACGAGCUGUAGCCCAGACAGGAGGACCCCAUCCCCAAAGGAAGCAGGCCGAAGUCACUGGGAUGAUGGUACUAAUGACUCAGACCUGGAAAAGGGGGCUCGGGAACUGCCCGAGAAAGAGACCCAGCCCCCAAGUCCCCAUCACCCCAUGCCUGUGGGCCACCCCUCACUGUGGCCUGAAACUGAGGCGCAUAGCAUCCUUUCCUCAGACUCACACCUAGGACCUGUCCGACCAAGUCUGGACUUCCCUGCUUCAGCCUUCGGCUUCUCCUCCUUGCAGCCUGCUCCCCCUCAGCUGCCCUCUCCGGCUGAACCCCGCUCCGCACCCUGUGGCUCACUUGCCUUCUCUGGGGACCGAGCUCUGGCCCUGGUUCCAGGAACUCCAACCAGAACCCGACAUGACGAGUACCUGGAAGUGACCAAGGCACCCAGUCUGGAUUCCUCACUGCCCCAACUCCCAUCACCCAGCUCACCCGGGGCCCCUCUUCUCUCCAAUCUACCCCGACCUGCCUCGCCAGCCUUGUCUGAAGGGUCCUCUUCUGAGGCUACCACGCCUGUGAUUUCAAGUGUGGCUGAACGCUUCCCUCCAGGUCUAGAGGCGGCUGAACAGAGUGCUGGAGAAUUGGGCCCAGGGAAUGAGCCAGCUGCCCACAGCCUCUGGGACCUCACUCCUCUGAGCCCAGCCCCCUUAGCUUCCCGGGACUUGGCUGCAGCUCCAGCUCCAGCUCCAAGCCUGCCCGGAAACUUGGGUGACAGUACCCUGUCCUGCCGCCUGGAGUGCUCAGGGGAACUCACCAAGAAGCCGAGCCCCUUCCUGAGCCCCUCUGGAGAUCAUGAAGCCAAUGGCCCAGGAGAAACCAGCCUUAAUCCCCCAGGGUUUGCCACAGCCACGGCAGAAAAAGAAGAGGCUGAAGCCCUUCACGCUUGGGAACGAGGGUCCUGGCCCGAGGGAGCGGAGAGGAGCUCCCGGCCGGAUACACUUCUCUCAUCUGAGCAGCCGCUGCGUCCUGGGAAGAGCUCUGGGGGCCCACCCUGCAGUCUUUCUUCAGAAGUUGAGGCUGGGCCUCAGGGAUGUGCUACAGACCCCCGCCCCCACUGCGGGGAGCUUUCCCCCUCAUUCCUGAACCCUCCUCUACCCCCGUCCACAGAUGACAGUGACCUUUCAACGGAAGAAGCUCGGCUGGCAGGAAAAGGAGGGCGGCGCCGGGCAGGGAGGCCAGGGGCCACGGGAGGCCCAUGCCCUAUGGCUGAUGAGACACCCCCUACAUCAGCCAGCGACUCAGGCUCCUCACAGUCAGAUUCUGAUGUCCCACCAGAAACUGAGGAGUGUCCAUCCAUCACGGCUGAGGCAGCCCUUGACUCAGAUGAAGAUGGGGACUUCUUGCCUGUGGACAAAGCUGGGGGAGUUAGUGGAACUCACCACCCCAGACCUGGCCAUGACCCACCCCCAGCCCCCCUACCAGACCCCCGCCCACCCCCUCCCCGACCGGAUGUUUGCAUGGCUGACCCUGAGGGGCUUAGCUCAGAAUCUGGGAGAGUUGAGAGACUACGGGAAAAGGUGCAGGGACGACCUGGCCGUAGGGCCCCUGGCCGGGCCAAGCCUGCAUCUCCUGCUCGGCGUCUGGAUAUUCGGGGAAAACGGUCACCUACUCCUGGCAAAGGGCCUGUAGAUCGAACAUCCCGGGCCCUACCCCGACCACGGAGCACCCCAAGCCAGGUCACCUCAGCAGAAGAAAAGGAUGGUCACAGCCCCAUGUCUAAAGGCUUAGUCAAUGGCCUCAAGUCAGGAUCCACAGCCUUGGGGUCCAAGGGUGGCUCUGGCCCUCCUGUGUAUGUGGAUCUCGCCUAUAUCCCAAAUCACUGCAGCGGCAAGACUGCGGAUCAGGACUUCUUCCGCCGCGUGCGGGCAUCCUACUAUGUGGUCAGUGGAAAUGACCCUGCCAAUGGCGAGCCAAGCCGGGCUGUGCUGGAUGCCCUGCUGGAAGGCAAGGCCCAAUGGGGAGAAAACCUUCAGGUGACGCUGAUUCCCACUCAUGACACGGAGGUGACUCGUGAGUGGUAUCAGCAGACACACGAGCAACAGCAGCAACUGAACGUCCUGGUCCUGGCUAGCAGCAGCACUGUCGUGAUGCAGGACGAGUCCUUUCCAGCCUGCAAGAUUGAGUUCUGAAUGACCCGCGCUCCCUCCCCUAAGGAUCCACUCCUACAGUUCAUUUAGAGAAUGGCUACUGCUGAGUCCUCUGGGGUUGAGGGAAGGCGAGCAGGGCAGGGGCCGUAUCACGUUAUUGGGACUUGGGCUAAGUGGGAGGUCCUGUCCUUCCCCUCAUCUCUUCCUGGGGGUUUCAAGACCAAAGGCAGUGAGGGGGGAUGCAAGAUUCUGAAAGGUCAUCUGAAGCCUGAAACUCCUAGAGCAACCCCCUCUCCUAGCACUGCCAAAUGCUGGUCUUGGUGAGGAUGGGUUUCAAACAGCACACCCCUUCCGGUGGAGGAAGAUGAACAAUAGUCUCUCCCCCAGAACCUCAUUAUUUAUUUAUUUGGCAUCCUAGAAAGGAUGGCCCAUAAUUUAGAUGAUGCAGAGAAGGCUACUGUUAGUAAGGUGCCAGAGCUGCGCCCUUUCCUCCAUCUGCCAUGUCCUAGCCAGUAGAGUCUGGGUUCUAGCAGCGACCUGGGGACAUACUGUCUUACUGCGUCCCACAAUAUCUGAAUGUCUCAAUCCAAAACUUGAAGCUCUUUACCCCAAGAACUAGGGAGAGGAAAAAGGAGCUCAUCUCUCAGCCCCUGCUUCAUAGCAUUUACAGCCUCAGGCCGUACCCAGACCAGGCUACCUGGGCAGCACAAAGGGCAAGGAGAGCCCCAACCCCAGUCGCUCCAAGCACCCCAAUCACUUAGUCUUCACCUACCCCAUUCCAAUAAGCCUCAUUUCUUCUCAUCCCCUGCUUGGCUUCUCUGCAUGUGGUCAUCUGCUAUGGCCUGGUGUGUAAUGGGUUAAAAAUAAGCCACUGCCUGACACCCACAUCCACUUUAGCCAUGUGUGACUCCCUAACAUUCCAAUCCUCUACCAUCCUGCAGCUGAAAUGGGAACACUGGCUGCCUCUCUAAACCUAAACUCUUGGAUAGAGUUUCUGGGAGGUGGAGGCUGGACUAGAGAACUGGGGGAGGGGGGAGGGGAGGGAGGGAGGAGGGAAAAGAAGAGAGGAAGCUGAGCUAUAGCUUAACUCCUCCAGAGUGAAGACAGGCUGAGCAUUCUACUACAGGACAGAACCUCGCCCCAAGCAAGCCAGUGAGCAGCCCGGCGAGAGACCCAGCCGCUGACAGUCCCUGGGGCUUGCCUUCUUUGCCAAGCCAAUAGGAAACCAAAAGGAGCUCACUUCCUGUUCUUCCUAGCUCCCCUCCCUGCCGCCAUGCUCCGCUCCUCCCCACACUUCUGUGCUACAGUUCCCAGCUGCUGUAACAGAGCCACCUCCACCUCUAACAAUAAACCAAGUUCAUUGCA